AUGUCUAAAUUAGUUCAACAAGUUAACUUCGGUAACACUGGUAUCAAGAUUUCCCCAAUCAUUGUUGGGUGCAUGUCUUAUGGUUCCAAAGAGUGGGCCCCAUGGGUUCAAGAUGAUAAGGAGAAGGUCUUCACCAUAUUGAAACAUUGUUACGAUCGUGGUCUACGUACUUUUGAUACUGCUGAUGUUUACUCAAAUGGUUACAGUGAAAGAUUACUCGGUGAGUUUUUGAAAAAAUAUAAUAUUAGAAGAGAAACUGUGGUUAUCUUAACCAAAUUAUUUGCUCCUGUGGAUGAAUCUCUUAAAUUCAAGUUUGCUGAUCCUUCCACCUCUGAAAAUAUCCUCUUAGAUUUGACUAAUCAACAAGGUCUAUCCCGUAAGCAUAUUAUGCAAGCUGUCAAAAAUUCAGUGGAGAGAUUAGGAACUUAUAUUGAUGUUUUACAAAUCCAUAGAUUUGAUCCAAACACCCCAAUUAAGGAAACAAUGAAGGGCUUGAACGAUGUUAUUGAAGGAGGUGACGUAAGAUACAUUGGUGCCUCCUCCAUGUUACCAACUCAAUUCGUGGAAAUGCAAGGAAUUGCUGAUAAGCAUGACUGGUUCCAAUUUGUUAAUGUCCAAUCCUGUUACAAUUUAGUUUAUAGGGAAGAUGAACGUGAUUUGUUCCAAUAUUGUAAAAAACACAAUAUUGCAUUAACUCCAUGGUCCCCAAACCACCAAGGUUUAUUGACAAGACCUGUUGGUGUGGAAUCUACUAGAUCCUCUAAGGAUACUUUUAUUAACGCGACGAAAAUGAAAGAAAUGGACCCUGCAGAAGUGGAAAUUAUUAACCGUAUUGAAGAAUUAUCAAAGAAGAAGAAUGUUCCAAUGGCUGUGCUUUCAACUGCAUGGGUCUUGUCCAAACAAUGCUCCCCAAUUGUCGGAAUGAGUUCAAUUAACCGUGUUGAUGAAGCUAUUACCGCACUUGAUGUUACUUUCACUGAAGAGGAAAUAAAAUAUUUGGAAGAACCUUACAAACCAAAGAACUUUUUUUUUUAG